AUGACUACACCAAUUGAGCUGACGCUUCUUAGCGAAUCGCGGCUUGAUCCUAAGCCGCACAACGGCCUCCUCACUUACAAUCCCAACAUCGAGCUCUUUGCAGGUGCAGCUGGAUCUAAAACCCUACAGGUAUGGCGCUCAAAUGGUCAGAUCGUGACAAAAAGUAGCCAGCGCGGCGAAAAAGAUAGCGUCGAGGCUCUACAUUGGAAAGCAGAUGGUCAAUUUCUUGCAGUGGGAUGGAGCGAUGGAGUUGUAAGGUUAUUGGGUCUCGAAACCAGCAAGGCUGUUCAUCAGAUGCCAAUAUGCGAGGCAGGUAAAUCUCGAAUUACCUGUGUGGGCUGGUCUCGUAACAAUACGAGAAAACACUCGGAUUCCACUUCCCUAUCAUCGACCAUACCCUUAGAGGGCCUAACAGCUCACGGCCUUUUCCCCAGUGGCAAGAAAUCCACCGCAGACCUUCCUCGAGAACUUACGUUUCUCGAAGUUGAAACUGCUCUGCCCAAGCUCAGUCCUUUACCUGCAUCAGGAGGUUCGGGUGAUGAUUCGUUCGUAUUUACCACGAGAGCAUCGCUGGAGUUUCUAUUCCAGCCCUUCUCGCCUCAUGACAGCGAUAGAGUCGACGUCAUGAUCGUUGGUACAAAUGACGGGCGCAUACAUGUCAGCAUCUACGAUUCUUUUAUCAUUGGAACAUUCCAAUACGAUUUACCGCAGCUUUCUGGGAAGAGUGCGCCUCUACAAUUAUGCCACCACGUGUCUCAUCCAGAUCUAUCGACACAUAUGCUAAUGUUCAAACCAUCCGGAGAGGCCAAAACAGCAACGAUGUACCUCGUUCCCAUAGAUCUCACCUUUAUCCACUCAUCGCCAGAGAAUCUCUCUCUCCUAGCCUCAAAAACCACCACCCUACAAAAACUUUUGAGAUAUAUCAAGCAAGUGCAGAUGCACAUGAUGCACGAGUGGCAGUCUACUCGCGAGCUUCCAACUCGAUUUUUAAAUAGCAUUAAUGAGACUUUGAAGGAAUCGGGAAACUAUGGCGAAAUGGCCAUCGGUCAAGCUCUGUAUCAUUCAGUCGUGACAGGACACACAUUUCCAGAAGUUCACGAAUGGCUCGUUGACCAAUUGGCGGAACGGGGCCAUAAACGAUGGGAUAAGGCUGUUGUAUCAGGUCUUCAGGCGCUACGAAGUCUUAUCCAUGAGAACUUUCUCCCAGCCCUCGAGCGAAUUGGUAUCAUUCUCAGCCGUCUCCUCGGUAUCACCCGUUAUCAUGAGUCCAAAGCCGAAAUUGGUUUUAGCAGCGCACAGAUUACUAGAAUUAUGGAUAUCGUCUCCUGCUUAAUGCUAGUAGGCAAUAAAAUCCUCUUGGUUGUCAUGGAAGAACUGGAACUUUUCCAAACUUUCUCAAUCUGGCUUCGACAUGAGAUCGAUAGGCUCGCAUCUUCUUCGUCGACAGAUGAAUUAUCCGAAAAAGAGGCAACGAUGGAACACGGGAAGAUUUUGGCCUACAUUCAACAGUAUAUGCCCGCGAGUCCCUUGCAGCACCAUCUCAGCAAGGUCCCCGUGGAUAGUUCGGAUAAAGGUCGCCAACAAGCUGAAAGUGGAAGCUCUCUCUUAGAACUGCUUAGCAAGCAGCUUAAGAAGCAGGACAGUGGACAGCCCGACGAAAAUUCUUUCUCACAGGUCGAGUUCUUGUGCGGUUAUUUAGACACCAAAGCCGAUGCUAUCUUCACAGGCAUCGCAGAAGCAGAAAAGCGGAGCGUGCGAUUUGGUCAACCAAACGCCAUCCAACUAGAAAACGAAGUCUCAAAUUUUGACGUCACGGUGUCUGCCAUUCCAAGUUCGGACACAUCGCAGACAUCAACGUAUACUGCUCUCACGACGGAAAAAGAUGAAUAUAGCGUAUAUGUAUUUCGAACGAAUAUGAAUGUGCAGAAUGGCAUUAGUGGCUCUACCACAACUGAGGUUUCAUGCUUGGUGCUUGGUGAUGGAAAAGUGUUCGAUCUAAAAUUCCUGCACGAUGACUGCUUACUUGUUUUAUGGGCUCCAAAAGACCAACCACUGCGGAUUAUCAGAAUUCCACAUAAGUCCGAGGACAUGGGCUAUCGACCGUACAACUCGGGAAGUAAAAUAACCCCCCACGUACUCAAUAACAACCAAGUAACUAGCCUAUCCAAGAACAUGAUAGUUCCUUGCGAACCCAACUUCGUACCGGCACACAUGGAAGUAAAGGGGGCAAGCUCUGAGCGUGGUAAGAUACCUCCGAGGGUAUGUUUAUUGGGGAACGACUCUCAAACAUACAAAGUCUUCGCUUUACCGGAAGACCUACUAACAGAGUCCGAAAAAGCAAAAUGA